CUUUAAAUAAGUAAUAAAUCUUACAUUCACAUCUAUAUCCUUAUUAAUUUAAUAUUAUCAAGAUGGAAUUUUCGAUAACAAUAGGAUUGCCGCAAUAUUUGAAAAACGAAAAUGUGUGAAAAAUUAUAAAGGGAAAAUAUGGCAAGGGACGGUGAUCUCCCUACAAUAUUUAAUCCGAAACGAGUUCGCGCGCCUUCGGUGAUAAUUACCAGCGAGGAAGUGGAAUCGGAGCAAGGGGGUAGUGGUGAUGUCGAGAGAGCAAAUGGACCACCGACCCCUCUCAGUCCGAGGGCACCUCUUACACCACAGACUUCGAUAUCAUCAGCUCCGCCCUUGACCACUCAACCUUCUCUUCAACAAGCCUACAGCGAGUCAGCUACGAGCAGUCAAGACGAAGAGCGGCAAUUACGUGAUAAAAGAUGCCCGAGAUGUUGUUCGAAAUUUGCCAAAAAGAUAUACUUUGGGCUUUGCGUAACUUUAGUACUGGUAGUGUCAUGGGUUGCGGUGACUCACUGUGUAAAACACAUGUACAUGCAAGAGUAUCCACUGGAUCAUGAUGCACCUCAGAGUGCAGACCCAUCCACUUACAACUUUACAUCUAAAAUACCAACAAAUUUGUACAACGCACCAUUCUUCACGGCAUGGUUCUGCACAAACUGGCUGAUCCUGUUCUACCCGCUCUAUCUGAUUGUAAUGCUCAUACACAACAAGUGCAAGUCGGCUCACGACAUCGUAUUUGAUGCUUUUAGUGACUUCAAAGAAAAGGGAUUUACAUUUGCCCGUUUCCUGAGUCGCUGCGCCUUGUUUUGCUUGCUGUGGGUGCUUAGUGUGUACAUGUACACGUAUGCCCUACGGAUACUGCUCGCAACAGAUGUGGUGGCGUUAUUCGCUACCAACGUCUCCUGCAUCUACCUCCUCUCCUGGGUGAUACUGCACGAGCAAUUCGUCGGCGUUAGGAUUGUGGCAGCGAUCCUUUGUGACACGGGAAUAGCGCUCCUCGCCUACAUGGAUGGCAUCACGGGUAGUUCCACACUGGGUGGGGUCGUGCUUGCCGCAUGCGCAGCCGCUGGAUUCGCUAUAUUCAAGGUGCUGUUUAGAAAGGUGAUGGGAGAAGUGAAUUCUGGUCAGCGCGCACUGUUCUUCUCCAUCGUGGGCAGCGUGAACGCGUUGCUGCUGUGGCCGGUGUGCCUGGCGCUGUACCUGACUGGUUCCGAGCUGCUGCCGGCGCACCGCAUGCCUUGGCUGCAUCUCCUGCUGGCUAGUGUCGCGCUGCUAGUGUUCCAUUUGGUGUUUCAAUUCGGCAACAUCAUGACGUAUAAUAUAUUCGUCUCGCUCGGUCUCAUCACUGCCGUACCUGUUUCUGCAGCGCUGGACGUGGUGAUGUACGGGGCGCAGUUCGCCGGCAUGAAGCUGGCGGGCAUCAUACUGAUAGCGGUUGGAUUCUUCCUCGUCAUGUUCCCGGACAACUGGCCUGAUUAUAUCAUGCGUCUGCUCAGAUGGAGUCGUCGUCGUCAGCGCGGCCAGCCGGGGUCGGGACGUAACCGGGACGCGAUGGACUACCGCACCGGAUACAUCCGCUCUCAUCUGCGCUCACCCUCCGGCCGCGUCAGGUGACCGCCCUCCCCCACCUCGCCCACCUCCUCAACGUCACCUCCCUCCUCGUCCUCACCACACACCAGCCCCGCACCGUGACAUACCUCACAUAUCUUCCUGACAGAGAUACUCUUUGGAUUUUGAACAUAACGGUCAUAUUAAAUCUAGAAAAAAUGUUCGGUAAUUUAGAAAUAAUAGAUUGAAUAAAAGGCUUAUAAUAUAGAAAAUUUUAACACCA